CCACCGCAGUGCAGAGAAGACCCUCUAUGCCGCACAAUCCAACAGUUUGUGUUUUAGCUCAAGCAGACAGCAUGGGAGACUUCCAGCAGUUGGAGCAGGACUUCUACCAGACCGGGUACUACUUUGACCAGCAUGGCCGCGCCGUGGCCUUGGACUAUGACCAGUCUGCAAGUGAUCUUUAUAGCAACCAUGGACCAGAUGUUCCAGAACCUUCGACGGAGGACUUCUACCAACCUGCUCAGGGCAAAGAAGCACAUGUUCCAGAUGUGGAGCCUCCACUUCUUCAAGAACUCGGCAUCAGUUUUGAUGACAUCUGGCAGAAGACGGUGACGGUGCUGAACCCGUUCAAGCCUGCAGACGGCAGCAUUAUGAACCAAACAGACUUGACGGGUCCCGUUUUAUUUUGUGUGGCACUGGGCUUGACUUUAAUGAUGGCGGGCAAAGUCCAGUUUGCCUACGUGUACGGGAUGAGCGCUAGCGGCUGCAUUGUCAUGUACACCCUGCUGAGUCUGAUGAGCGCUAUGUCCGUGUCUUUUGGCUGUGUGGCCAGCGUCCUGGGCUACUGCCUUCUGCCCAUGGCCGCCCUCUCUGCAUUUGCCGUCGUCUACUCUCUGCAGGGUGUCCUCGGCACAGUUCUGGCUCUGUUGGUGAUCUGUUGGUGCAGUUUCUCAGCCUCCAAGAUUUUCACCUCCACCCUGGCUAUGGACGGCCAGCAGCUGCUGGUGGCCUACCCAUGUGCCCUGCUCUAUGGGCUUUUUGCUUUACUGACAGUGUUCUAG